UCUCAAGAAAAGAUUAGUAAGAUUAAGAAUGUUGUUCGCGACUGUCCUCGUUCUAGCUCUUGUGUUCUUUGUCACGCAAUGGAUGUGGAGCAAGCGCGCCAAUCUUCCCCCAGGUCCAAGAGCUUUGCCUCUCAUCGGCCACUUCCAUCUCCUGGGAAGGAUCCCCCAGAUCUCACUCUAUCACCUCUCCAAGAAGUUCGGACCCCUCAUGUACUUGCGCCUGGGAUCCGUGCCACUCAUUGUGAUUUCCAGUCCUGCCAUGGCCAGGGAGUUCCUCAAGACCCACGAUGCAGCAUUCGCGCACAGGCCACCCAAAGUGGCCGUGUAUAGCUACAAGACCAUAUCUUUCUCGGAGGGUGAGUACCACAAGAACCUUCGGCGGAUGUGCUCCAUGGAGCUCUUCACGGCCAGGAGGGUCACCUCCUUCACCAAAAUCAUCCGGGACGAGCUGUGGGACCUCACUGCCGAGCUCACCAAUGCUUCCAAGGCGGAUCAACCAGUGGCACUGCGAGGCAAGCUGAGAGCACUGAGCUUCAAUGUCAUGACUCGGAUCCUCAUGAACAAGACUUUCUUCGGAUCCAAGGCUUCCGGCGGUGGUGGCCAAGAGGCGCGGGAUUUUUUGGAGACGAUUGACGAGGUGCUAGCGGCAGUGGGGGCGUUCGCCAUAGAAGAUUAUUUCCCCAGUAUCGGCUGGCUCGACCGGAGCAUAGCCCGCCGGUGUAGACGAGCUUACGGGAAGAUGGAUGCGUUCCUGGAGAAUGUUUUGGAUGAGCAAAGGCCUGGAGAAAUUCCAGACUUUGUGGAGAUGACAAAGGCGCGAGUCAACGGCCCCGACCAGAUCCAGACUCUCAAAGCGUUGCUCAUGGAUUUACUUAUUGCUGGCUCCGAGACAUCGUCAACCACGACUGAAUGGGCUAUGGCCGAGCUUCUCCACAAUCCUGAAUGGAUAGAAAAACUUCAGCAAGAGAUUGAAAUCGUGGUUGGGCGAGAUCGAAUGGUGGAAGAGUCGGACUUGGCGAAGCUGGAGCUUGUCAACGCUGUUAUCAAGGAGACAUUUCGUCUCCAUCCCCCGCUGGGGCUGCUGGUCCCACACACAUCCCCGGAGCCUCGACUGGUUGCGGGCUUUGAGAUUCCAGCAAAGGCGACAGUGCUCAUCAACGCAUACGCGAUUGGAAGGGACUCCCAGGCUUGGCCAAAUGAUCCCGACAAGUUCAAGCCUGGGAGAUUUGUUGGUAGCAAUAUCAACGUCUAUGGCCAUGACUUUGAGUUGCUUCCGUUUGGAUCAGGAAAGCGAGGUUGUCCAGGGCUUCCUCUUGGGCUGCGGAACGUCCAGUUGGUGCUCUCAAACUUGAUCCAUGGGUUUGACUGGAGGUUUCCAGAAGAUACAAGGAAGCUGUCCCUUGACAGUGGCCCUGGAUUGGUUGAUACUGUUGCAGAUGCUGUUGUGGCCCAUGUUUCCCGAAGACUUCAGCAGUGUGCUUUUGACACUCUUGCAGCAUAAUAAUGUUGCAAAUGCUUAAUAGUAAUGUUAUUUUUAUUUAUUAA